GCGACGUUCUCAGUUUCGCAACCGUAGUCAUAGAUGUCCAACAUGCUUGGCGUGUUCUGUCGGAUAUCGGGCUUCACAAUUCUCCUCCUUACGGUUCUGGUGUGUUGCGGUGGACUAUGGCUGCGAAUGGUCGACGGUCAGUGCGUGUGUGGAAUUCGGCAGACGAAAAACGAAUCCGUCGUGGACGGUGAGCAAAUAGAACCGGGCGAGUGGCCUUGGCAUGUGGGUGUGUACUGGUGGAAAGGUUCGAAACUUAACCCGCCGGACAAAGUUUGCGAGGGGGCGCUGGUCGAUCGGGAAGGAUGGGUGCUGACCGCGGCCAACUGUUUAAAGAGCGGUGGAGGAAAAGUGCUCGAACUGAAGGGAAUGAUUGUUCAUGUGGGAUUGGUGGCGUUGCAGCAGAACACCGAGCGAUCCCGGAGGUUCCAUGUGGAGAACGUAGUGCUGAACGAGGAGCUGGAUUUGGCUUUGAUUCGGUUGAAAGUGUACGACGAAUGGGAGGGUAUGCCGAUCUGCAUGACGGACGGACAGGAAGAUUUUGACAAGAUUUACGGAGAGUCGGUUUACGUUUUGCAACAGAGCCAUCGGCAUCGGUUGGGUGGAUUCGAGAUCGUUAAACUGCAACUUGAAAAGGAAGUUGUGUGCUAUGGACCGUCAUUAGCAGUUAAGGCGCGAGCGGUUAGCGACAGCAACAUCAAACUUAAAACCAAAGAUACCAAGUAUCAUUCAACGGGUCGUGGUACUCCCCUCUACAUCAAAGGCCCUGGAGGGUGGACCCUGCUAGGUAUAUCCAACAAAAUACAAACAUCCAUUCCUGGAAGCUUUUGCCAACCCGGGGACUACGAAUCGUUCCUGAACGUUAACUUGGCACCGGUCAGCGUAUGGUUUGCUAAUGAGCUAGAAAACGACGGUAUCGAAAGCAUGGAAACAUCUACCGAGUAGAGUUCAGUUACCUUUCUAAUAGAUUGCACUUACUGUCAUCCAUGAAAUCAUCAACCAUUCUGUACAUUCUUUACCCGUAGACACCAAUAAAUUAAAACGAAUAGGAAACCCUUUUGGUGCUUUUGUUUUCUCGAGAAAAGAACGAAUACAACGCUCCCUGUCACUCUUGUCAGUCACGCCAAUCGGUCUUGUCAUCCGGAAAUGCAAAUUUCGUUGUUUUUGUUCAUCUUCUCGACGGAUCGUUGUCUCCAAUGCAAUAAUGGCUGGGAUCAAUCAACCCUGUAGCGGAGCAUUUUGAUUGCUCACAUAGAACAUGCACUAAAGAGCAGAGGUUUUACUUCGACCCAACGUAGCUGUAAUUUCUCGUUACGAGAAACGCUAAUUCGACUAGCUUGAAUGGAAUGGACGGGUGAAUCAAUUGCAGCGUAUGGACUAUGAACCUACGUCGUGUCUAUACGAAGAGUGUGAAAGAAAGCGACAGUAACGAAUGACUAUCAGACAAACAAGCGCUCUAUCAGUCGAGACA